ACCCACCGAGCUCGAACAACGCCCAUUUUCAAAUAUUCAAUUCAAAAAAGGAUUAAUAAAAUUUGUAAUUUAAGCAAAACCCAGAUCAAGUUGAGCAAGAACAGUCAAACCCAUGAUUUUAAUGGCAACAAAAUCGAAAAGGGAAGAAAAAAAUGGGCCCAGCGAGGAAGAAGAAGAAGAAGAAGAAGCGGUUUUGUGGAAGGAAGAAGAAAACCACAGAAAUGGUAAUGGCGGUAAUAAUGGCAAUCGAGCUGCUGGAUAAGAACUGCUAUCCAUUCCGUAUAUAAAAACCCUUUCGCCUCUUCCAAUCUUCACACCAUUCCAUUUCACAUUCCCCCUCUUUAUUUCCCGAGCUGAAACAAACCAAGGUUUUUCUGAGAUAUCUGUUCAUCCUCCAAGAACAUAGCCAUGGCUGAACGAGUCCUCAACCGUGUUCAUAGCCUCCGCGAGCGCUUGGAUGAAACUCUAGUCGCUCAACGAAAUGAAAUCCUAAGCCUCCUCUCGAAGAUUGAAGCCAAGGGAAAAGGCAUCCUGCAACAUCAUCAACUGAUUGCUGAGUUUGAAACAAUUCCUGAAGAGAAUCGAAAGAAACUUGCUGAUGGGGCAUUUGGCGAAGUUCUGAGAUCCACUCAGGAAUCCAUAGUUUUGCCACCAUGGGUGGCUCUUGCUGUUCGUCCUAGGCCCGGUGUGUGGGAAUAUAUUCGAGUUAACGUCCACGCUCUGGUCGUUGAACAGCUUCAAGUUGCUGAAUAUCUGCACUUCAAAGAAGAACUUGUAGAUGAAAGUCUGAACGGAAACUUCGUUCUCGAGCUCGAUUUUGAGCCAUUUACUGCUUCCUUCCCUCGCCCCACGCUCUCCAAGUCCAUCGGCAAUGGCGUCGAGUUCCUCAACCGUCACCUCUCUGCAAAGCUCUUCCAUGGUAAAGAGAGCUUGCAGCCAUUGCUGGACUUCCUCAGAGUUCACUGCCACAAGGGAAAGACAAUGAUGUUGAAUGAUAGAAUUCAGACCUUGAAUGCCUUCCAACAUGUGCUGAGGAAGGCAGAGGAGUAUCUAGUCACACUUGCACCUGCAACACCCUACUCCGAGUUUGCGCUGAAGUUCCAGGAGAUUGGCCUCGAGAGAGGGUGGGGAGACACCGCCGAGCGUGUACUUGAAAUGAUCCAACUUCUUUUGGAUCUCCUCGAGGCCCCUGAUCCUUGCACCCUCGAGAAGUUCCUUGGUAGAAUCCCCAUGGUCUUUAACGUUGUCAUCCUUUCGCCCCACGGUUACUUUGCACAAGAUAACGUCUUGGGUUACCCCGACACCGGUGGCCAGGUGGUUUACAUCUUGGACCAAGUUCGUGCUUUGGAGCAUGAAAUGCUUCAACGUAUAAAGCACCAAGGAUUGGACAUAACUCCUCGUAUUCUCAUUAUCACCAGACUCCUCCCAGAUGCAGUAGGAACGACCUGCACACAACGUCUCGAAAAAGUAUACGGAACUGAUUACGCCCACAUUCUUCGAGUCCCAUUCAGAAAUGAGAAAGGCAUCGUCCGAAAGUGGAUCUCAAGAUUCGAAGUCUGGCCUUACCUAGAGACUUACACCGAGGAUGUUGCACAGGAACUUGCCAAAGAGUUGCAGGGAAAGCCCGAUCUGAUCAUCGGAAACUACAGCGAUGGCAAUAUCGUUGCGUCGUUGCUGGCACAUAAACUUGGAGUUACACAGUGUACUAUUGCUCACGCCUUGGAGAAAACCAAAUACCCUGAUUCAGAUAUCUAUUGGAAGAAAUUUGAGGACAAGUAUCACUUCUCAUGCCAAUUCACAGCUGAUCUUAUUGCCAUGAACCAUACCGAUUUCAUCAUCACGAGUACGUUCCAAGAGAUUGCUGGCAGCAAAGAUACUGUUGGACAAUAUGAGAGUCACACUGCCUUCACUCUUCCGGGGCUCUACCGGGUCGUCCACGGAAUCGACGUGUUCGAUCCCAAGUUCAACAUAGUUUCACCUGGAGCAGAUAUGAGCAUCUACUUCCCUUACACAGAGACAGAGAAGAGGCUGACUUCCUUCCAGCCUGAAAUUGAAGAGCUUCUUUAUAGUCAAGUUGAGAAUGAAGAACACUUGUGUGUAUUGAAAGAUCGUUCCAAGCCGAUCAUAUUCACAAUGGCGAGAUUGGAUCGUGUCAAGAACAUAACCGGACUCGUCGAGUGGUAUGGCAAGAACAAGCGCCUUAGGGAGCUGGUUAACCUUGUGGUUGUGGCUGGUGACCGGAGGAAGGAAUCUAAGGACAAUGAAGAGAAGGCUGAAAUGAAGAAGAUGUAUAGCUUAAUAGAGACCUACAACUUGAACGGCCAAUUUAGAUGGAUUUCUGCACAGAUGAACCGAGUACGAAAUGGCGAGCUCUAUCGAUGCAUUGCAGACACGAAGGGAGCUUUCGUGCAGCCUGCCGUGUACGAAGCUUUCGGUUUGACAGUUGUGGAGGCCAUGACCUGUGGAUUACCUACAUUUGCUACCUGCAAUGGAGGCCCUGCUGAGAUCAUUGUCAAUGGUAAAUCUGGCUUCCAUAUCGAUCCAUACCACGGUGAUCAGGCUGCUGAAAUCCUUGUGAACUUCUUCCAAAAGAGCAAGGAAGAUCCAACACACUGGGACAAAAUCUCCCAAGCAGGCCUCCAACGCAUCUACGAAAAGUACACAUGGCAGAUCUACUCGGAGAGGCUUCUAACACUGACCGGAGUUUAUGGAUUCUGGAAGCACGUAUCCAACCUCGACCGCCUCGAGAGCCGCCGUUAUUUGGAAAUGUUUUACGCCCUCAAGUACCGCAAGCUGGCUGAUUCUGUGCCACUGGCUGUGGAUGAGUGAAGAUCUUGUAAGGAAGGGGAGCAUCGUAGUAGAGAAAAGAGUUGCUUCUGCUUUACACAAGAAUCGUUAAUAAAAGAGCUAUGUGGAUGCUUCCUGCAAAUGUGAAUAAUUCAACGAAGAGUUUCUUGUUUCUGUCAUUGAUUUCUUCUUGUUUCUUGUACUAAUUCGUUGUUCUGAACCAGUCAUCAAUUCGAGUAUUAUUGUCUUUUCGAG